AUGUCCGGCAUCGAGGUUGCCGGCCUCGUGCUCGGCGCCAUCCCGCUGGUGCUCUCGGCACUCGAGCAUUAUGAGGACAUCAUCGGUCCAACCAAGGCCUUUGUCAGAUUCCAGGGGGAACUCGACCGCGCCAUUCGAGAGCUUCGGAACCAGCACACCCUCUUUGAGCAGUCCAUCGAGGUGCUGCUGCGGCCGAUCACGACGGAUCAAGAGCUGAGUUUUGGCAAGGAUUCAGCCAUUGAGGAUAAACUGCGAAGGAAGUUGGGCAAUGCCUAUCCGUCAUACAUGAGAACGAUCGAUGACAUUCAAAGUAUCAUGAUUGGGAUCGCGAUGAAGCUGGACAAUGUCCACGGUGUGGAAAAUCUCGAUCGGAAUGGGCUGGAAGCCAUCAUCAGUCAGCAUGUGGCAGCAAAGGUGGAUGGAAAACUCCAAAAGUUCGAAAUGUCAAAGCGCAUGAAGUUCACCAUGAAAAAGAAGAAGAUCAAACAAUCGCUGCUGGAGCUCCAACGUUACAUCGAGAUGCUGGAUAAGUUCCAAGUCAAAGCAGACAAGAUUACCACGGCUGAAGAGCUGUACAACUCAGACAGCCGGGUCAUGUUCACUCUGCCUCUCGAUAUUGUGCGCGAGAAUGCGAAGAAACUCUAUAAGGUUCUUUCCAAGACAUGGUCGACUCGCGAAGAAGCGAGAGAGAGGACGACCUGGCUGGCAACGGAAUCGGCUACCUUUGUACAAAUGCGAUACAAAUUGCUUUGGCCUGUCUUUGCUACAAUCAUCGUCCUCGACCUCGAAGAAUGGCUGGACGUGGAGAUUCGACUCCUGGAGUAUUCGGCCUCCGGGCAACAAAGCGGCUCUGCUGUACAAACUACAAUCUCCGCUUCUCCUAGCUCAUCCGUCACAACUACCCUUGCUCCCCUUCCUUGCCCCAAUCCCUCCCAGCUCCAGAUAGUCACAGACCUGUGCUCCAUCCUCCAGAACCCAUGUCAUCCCUGCAUUGGGUUCUGUCUCGACGGCGAGGGACACCUCCGAGGUGCGUAUAAUGCUCAGCGGAGUGUUGCAUACGUCGACGGAGGAGCCAGCCUGGAAGACGUUCUCACGAACAAUGGUUUGGACAGACAAGAACAAUAUAACCUAUCCAUCACACUUACAUCGUCGAUGCUCCAGCUGAGCCAUACGCCUUGGCUUCAGGAAACCUGGAGCAAGGCCGACAUCAUUUUCCUCAGGGCCAAGUAG